AUGAAAAGAGCAUGGAUUAUUUCGAAGUUUCAUAUUGCUGCUUUUCGGCAGGACCAGAAUCGAUUUUUACCAUCAAGAGGAGGUUUUCAUUGGAGUAGUCGAAGAAUUAAUACCAUUUUUUUCAGUAAG